AUGUCUUCCGGACAGUCCUUCACUCUCCACAACGGCGUCAAGAUCCCCGGCGUUGGUUUCGGUACCUUCGCCAACGAGGGUGCCACCGGUGAGACCUACAAGGCCGUCACCUGCGCUCUCAACACCGGAUACCGUCACCUCGACUGUGCCUGGUACUACCUGAACGAGGGUGAGGUUGGUGAUGCCGUCAAGGACUUCCUCGCUGCCAACCCCUCUGUCAAGCGUGAGGACAUCUUCAUCUGCACCAAGGUCUGGAACCACCUCCACCGCCCCGAGGAUGUGCAGUGGUCUAUUGAGAGCUCCCUCAAGAAGCUCAAGGUCGACUACGUUGACCUCUUCCUCGUCCACUGGCCCAUUGCUGCCGAGAAGGAGACUCAGGAGAAGCCUAAGAUCGGCCCUGAUGGAAAGUACGUGAUCCUCAAGGAUCUCACUGAGAACCCCGAGCCCACCUGGAGGGCUAUGGAGAAGAUCUACAAGGAUAAGAAGGCCAAGGCGAUCGGUGUCUCCAACUGGACCAUCGAGGGUCUAGAGAAGCUCCUCAAGUACGCCGAGAUCAAGCCUCACGUCAACCAGAUCGAGAUCCACCCCUUCCUGCCCAACCAGGAGCUCGUCGACUACUGCUUCAAGCACGACAUCCUGCCCGAGGCCUACUCUCCCCUGGGCUCUCAGAACCAGGUCCCCACGACGGGUGAGAGGGUCAGCGAGAACCAGACCCUGAACGACAUCGCCAAGAAGGGCGGCUACACCCUGGCGCAGGUGCUCAUCGCCUGGGGUCUGCGUCGUGGCUACGUUGUGCUCCCCAAGAGCUCCAACCCCGCCCGUAUCGAGUCCAACUUCAAGAGCAUCCAGCUCACGGAUGAGGAGUACGAGGCCGUCAACAAGGUGGCCGAGGGUCGUCACUUCCGCUUCGUCAACAUGAAGGACACCUUUGGCUACGACGUGUGGCCCGAGGAGACCGCCAAGAACCUGUCCGCUUAG